AUGGCUGUCGCAUCAGUCCCAAUAACACACGGCGGCAACAGUUUUCUGGCCUCAGUCGCAGCACUGAACGGUCGCGUCUUCGACACUGACCCGGUCAUUGCAUACAUGCUGCUGAGCCUGUCUCAGCGAGAAAGGUUGGCUUAUCUGCCGACAUACUGGACCACGCUCAUCAAGUCAGCCUUGCUUAAUCACGCAGUGAUCACCGAAGCCGAUGGCUGGAAAGCAGCAUCUGUCAUGAUUCCACCGGGCCGAUACAUUGACAAUGUCUGGACUCUUGUGUGGGCUGGAUUUCUGAGCGUGCUGUGGAAACUAGGACUCUCGGGCGUUAAGCGUCUUUGGUUCGAAUUCUCUGGUAUGACCGACAACGCGAAGAGAAUCGGUCUACGUGGACAGACCAAAUACUACUACAUCUUCAGUAUCGGAACCGAGCACGAGCACCGUGGAAAAGGCCUCGCCAAAGCAAUCAUGCGCGAUCACCAGCAGACAGCCCAAGCCGCGAACCUUCCGAUCUGGCUCGAAGCAACGACUGCAGGCUCGCGCGCUCUCUACCUGUCGAUGGGAUUCAAGGAGGUCGAAGAGAUUCGUCUCGGGAAGGGCAAGGUAGCUGCCGAUGCUAGCCUUCAGUCUGAUGGACCGGGAGUAUCCCUUUGGGCGAUGGUUUGGUGGCCAACCCCAACUCCUGAAGCUACUUCCUAG